ACGUCGUCAUAGAUAGCAAGUACACGAGACGUGAGAUACUCGACUCAACAACAAAUAACAAUAAAAGUUUUCAAGUCUAACUUAGUAGCUGGCAACCAAUAGCCUACAGAUCUAACAGAAAAUAAUAACAUGUCAGACACGCGCUUUUUUGUCACCAACCGAGCCAUUGGGAGACGAUUAGAAGAGCACAUUUGCAGUACGACUACAAUGACGAAUCAGUGCUGUGGUGGUGUUCUGUUAAACCAACACAGCACUAAAGAUGGGUCACAAUCUGUACGACUUCAACUCUGUAUCUGGUCGUAGCGGUCAACUGCAGCAGAUCACUGUUCUUUCAUGUAAACAUAUUGGAUAUAACAGACGUUGGUUAUUUAUGAAAAUUUGAAACAUCAUUCUAAUAAUAGUGAUUUUUACAAUGAAGAUGCUGUAUCAUAGGCAAAUAUAAAGCAAUAGGGGACAUUUUCGACACUAAUCGAAUUGGAGCUGGUUUUCACUAAACACUAUUGGAUCUGUUAUUAACAUAGAUUGAACCAAACUUAUAAGAUCUACACACAAUGCAAAUUGAUACAGUUAAUAGGAACUUUUUACCAUUGCGAUAAAUGGAUUCAAAUUUAAGAUGUAAGCUACAAAAUGGAACACUGUUAAUGAAUAAAAUCUGCAUUAACUCACAUCACAACCUUAACUUAACCUAAGGAAAAUAACCACCAGUUGCUAUACCAUCCAAUCAAUACACCAACAGUAUGCCAUAAGGCAUUCUACGCUAUUGUAAAAGGUCGUGAUCCGAGAGUAAAGCUGUUGAUACCUGAUAUUUCUGAUUUAUAAAUCAAAACAUUCAAAACCGAAGAUGUUGAAAAUGCUGUUACUCGUUAGUCGUUACCGCCGUUACCGGCGUUACUAAUGUUAAUGUCUCAAAUACAGUACUACCACGGCGACAUUACGAAUUACUGUGACUGCCAUAUUUUGGAACCCCUACCUACCCCACCAACAUCAAAUUGGUGAAUGCGAAAACGAUGCUCCCCGAUCAAAUGAUAAACGCGCGUUGGUCGGUCGCACUACACUGACUGUACUUCCUGUGUUAGCGCCGAAACAACGUUUUUGCGUUUCCACAUUCUGUGGAACCGAAAGACAUAUAUUCAAUACAUUUUUUCUCGUCCGUUCGGCGUUUGUCAAUAACCAGGAUUUGUAUUAUUUCAAUUAUUUGAGAUGAAGAACGUGUAUGGAGUCCUCGUCGUGCUGUGUAUUAAUUUCGUAUAUUCUCAGAGGACACCAAUUAUAUCACGUAUUACACAAAAAAGUAUAACAGACAUUGGUGGAACGACUCAAUUGACAUGUACAGUCUUGUAUGCUUCAGAUUUCAGUAUUUUGUGGGUUAAGGUUGACAAAGAAAGAUCUACUGAACCUGUUACAUUUUCAACUGGAAGUACACUUAUUAUUAGAGAUUCUAGAUUAUCAUUGAGACAAGACACGGAUAGCAAUAGUUACACAUUACAGAUUAGUGAUAUCCAAGAAACUGAUGCUGGUUUCUAUCGUUGUGAAGUGGUGCUUGGGUUAAAUAAUAAAAUAACAGCUGAUACCGAGUUAGUUGUACGUAGACGUCCGUUUAUUUCUGACAACUCUACUAGAUCAUUAAUUGUAAACGAGGGUCAACCUGUGAAAUUGGAAUGUUAUGCUGGUGGAUAUCCUAGUCCAACAGUUUCUUGGAGGCGAGCAAACAAUGCAAUUUUAGCUAAUGGUGUAUCAAUAUAUAGGGGUAACAUUUUGAAAAUUCCUGCUAUUACCAAAGAAGAUCGAGGAACAUAUUACUGUGUUGCUGAAAAUGGUGUUGGAAAAGGUGCCAGACGUAAUAUUGCUAUUGAGGUAGAAUUUGCCCCAGUUAUAACUGUUUCUAAACCUCGUUUAGGACAAGCUCUACAAUAUGACAUGGAUCUCGAAUGUCAUGUUGAAGCUUAUCCUCCGCCAGCCAUUAUUUGGUUAAAUAAUGGAGUACAAUUAUCUAAUAAUCAACAUUACAGAAUAUCACAUUUUGCUACUACAGAUGAAAUAACUGACACUACAAUACGGAUCAUCACAAUUGAAAACCGCCAAUAUGGUGAUUAUAUCUGUAAAGCAUCAAAUGUGCUAGGAAAUGCUGAAGUAACAGUUACUCUUUACGAAACUAUAAUACCAGUAUGCCCUCCAGCCUGUGGUCAAGUAUCAUCACACUUGAAAAACUCAACUAUCAAAAUGUCAAGUGCUAAUGUUUUGUUCUUAAUUACUGCUUACUUAUUUUUUUUUAAUUUCAAUUUUUAAAUUAUUUUACCAUCUAAAAAACAAUUUAUGAAUAAGUUGAAACCAAAAUUAUUGCUCAAUUUUCCAUGCAUAUAUUAUUUGGUUUAUUUUUAUUUUUUGAUUAAAUAAAUGCCCUUAUUUAUUUUAUA